GCAAAAUUUUCCUCAAAUAAUACAAUUUCCCCUUUCCCCCCUUUUUCUGAAUUCCCGCCGGUAAAUACAUCUAUUUUCACAAAAUCUCGAUCGGAAAACCAAGAAUCAGAUAACGCCGUCGACGUGAUGGCGUCGACUUCAGCUCCGCAAGUAUCAUCUAGAAUGAAAAACGCCGCUUCAACACUUUGCGACGAUAAUCAAACACUCCUUGCUGAUAUUCGAAGGGCUAUAAGUAGUAUGAAGGAAAUUGGGAUUAGUCUUGAGAAACAACACAAAACCCAAUUGGUGAAGGAACUUGAAAAUGAGUAUAUGGAGUUACUGCAAUCUUAUGAGGAUUGUGCUAAUCUUUCCGUUGCAAUUGAAAAUGUUGGGAAUACGUAUCAGCCCGCUGAACAGCCGACUGAUUUUAAGAAACUGAUAGACAAUGAGAUGGCAAAGGCAAAACGCCGUUCGACUUCUGCCCCACAAGUUAAUCAGUUGUUACGCCUCUUUAGAGAAGCUAUCUGGAAUGUGCAUAAUUCUGGACAACCUAUGCCCGGUGAAGAACAGGAAGAUAUCAUAGUCACUAGUACACAAAAUAUCCUUUUAAAUUUUACCUGUCCGUUAAGUGGAAAACCUGUUACUGAACUCUCAGAACCUGUACGCAGUAUGGACUGCAAGCAUAUAUAUGAGAGGAAGGCUAUCAUGCAGUACAUCAGUUCCAAGUAUAGCAAUAGAUGUCCAGUGGCAGGAUGUCCUAAAACCAUGAUUGCAGCAAGAGUUGUAUGUGACCCAUUGUUACUCAUCGAAAUUGAAGAAUCACGUGCAAUGAAUAAGGACACAAUCCCGCCUAACAUCAUAGAGGAUUUCACUGAGGAUACUGACGAAGAAAAUUCUGAGUGAGAAACAUCAUAAUAUGCAAUCGUGACUCACCUCUUAGAUAUCAGUUGUAGCUGCGUAGGGUAUAAAGAUUAAUGGAAUCUUUUGUUUUUGUUAUGACUUAUGAAGUGAUAGUUGUUUGAUAUCUGAAUUCUACAAUCAGUUUUAAAUGUUUAGAAGGCAUACAUAUGAUGUUUUUGUUGCUAGAACGCACUGUAACGAAGUUUAUGACCUAUCUACCCACAUUCUAAUUUCUAAGAUA